AUUCUUCAACGUGGCAUUUGCAAAAAUAAGUACUAGUGAACAGAAAAUGAUUUACGCCUAUUUUCUACUUUCUACACUUGCUGCAUUAGUUACAUGCAUGGUGAAGUCAAACUAUUAUAAUUUAAAAUGUGAAACGAUUGGCAUGUCAUGGGAAUCUGGAUUGAACGAUGGAUGCUCUUUUGUUUGUAAAAAAAGGAAUAAUAAUUACAAAUUCAAUACACAUAUCUUUCAAAAAGCUAAUAACUUUACGAAAAUGAAAACUGAUGAUGGUUUUUUUUGCAGUAACAAUGGAUCCUGUUUAGAUGGAUCGUGCAUUAAGUUGAAUAAUACAUCAAUUCAUCGUUUGUUAGAAGCAUUUCAUCCUAUUGUUUCUAAAAAUAUGGAAUUAAACAGGGAAAAAUGUCAAGAGAAUGGAAUGUCUUUGGCAUUUGAAGUUAGCGAAGGUUGCAUUUUUGUUUGUGAAAUGAAAAGUGACAUAUCCAAUAAAAGAGGCUACGAAUUAAAAAAAAUUGUUUACGCUACAGAUGGAUCUAAUUGCAAAACAACUGGAUUCUGUCAUGAAGGAAUGUGUAUUAAUAAUAACAUAAAAAAUCCAGUAACUACAACUCUUACAACUACAACUACAACUACAGCUAUAAAUUCAAGUUCAACUCCAACUUCAACUCUAAGUUUGACCUCAACUACAACUUCAACUUCAGCUCCAACUACCUUAAAAGAAUUUAAAACUGAAUCUCCUAAUGAAAAAUGCAAAAAACUGAACAUGAUUUUCGUGGAAAAUAUCAAUUAUGGAUGCAUAACUUCCUGCAAAAAUGAAACCAACAAGCUCGAAGAAACUUUAAUUGCUGAAGAUGGAUACCCUUGUAAUAAUAAUAAUGGAUUAUGUUCUGAAGGAGAGUGUAUUAAUACGGUAGAGGGUCCGGUAGCCACAAUUCAUAAAAUCAUAACUUCACCUCAAACUCCAACUUCAACUUCGAUUCCACCUUCAACUUCAUCUACAAAUUUACCUUCAACUCUAAAUUCGAGUUCAACUCCUACUUCGACUACAACUUCGAUUCCACCUUCUACUUCAGGUUCACCUUCGACUUCUUCUGCAACUUUAACUUCAACUCAAAGUUCGACUUCGACUCCUACUUCGACUUCUACUUCGUCUACAACUUCAACUUCAGCUCCGACUACCUUAAAAGAAUUUAAAACUGAAUCUCCUAAUGAAAAAUGCAAAAAACUGAACAUGAUUUUUGUGGAAAAUAUCAAUUAUGGAUGCAUAACUUCCUGCAAAAAUGAAACCAACAAGCUCGAAGAAACUUUAAUUGCUGAAGAUGGAUACCCUUGUAAUAAUAAUAAUGGAUUAUGUUCUGAAGGAGAGUGUAUUAAUACGGUAGAGGGUCCGGUAGCCACAAUUCAUAAAAUCAUAACUUCACCUCAAACUCCAACUUCAACUUCGAUUCCACCUUCAACUUCAUCUACAAAUUUACCUUCAACUCUAAAUUCGAGUUCAACUCCUACUUCGACUACAACUUCGAUUCCACCUUCUACUUCAGGUUCACCUUCGACUUCUUCUGCAACUUUAACUUCAACUCAAAGUUCGACUUCGACUCCUACUUCGACUUCUACUUCGUCUACAACUUCAACUUCAGCUCCGACUACCUUAAAAGAAUUUAAAACUGAAUCUCCUAAUGAAAAAUGCAAAAAACUGAACAUGAUUUUUGUGGAAAAUAUCAAUUAUGGAUGCAUAACUUCCUGCAAAAAUGAAACCAACAAGCUCGAAGAAACUUUAAUUGCUGAAGAUGGAUACCCUUGUAAUAAUAAUAAUGGAUUAUGUUCUGAAGGAGAGUGUAUUAAUACGGUAGAGGGUCCGGUAGCCACAAUUCAUAAAAUCAUAACUUCACCUCAAACUCCAACUUCAACUUCGAUUCCACCUUCAACUUUAUCUACAAAUUUACCUUCAACUUUAACUUCAACUCUAAGUUCGAGUGCGACUACAAUUACAACUCCAGCUCUAACUACCUUAAACAAAUUAAAACCUGAAUCUUCUAGUGAAAAAUGCAAAAAACUGAACAUGAUUUUAGUGGAAAAUAUCAAUUAUGGAUGCAUAACUUCCUGCAAAAAUGAAACCAACAAGCUCGAAGAAACUUUAAUUGCUGAAGAUGGAUACCCUUGUAAUAAUAAUAAUGGAUUAUGUUCUGAAGGAGAGUGUAUUAAUACGAUAGAAGGUCCGGUAGUUACAAUUUAUAAAAUCAUAACUACAGCUCAAACUUUAACUUCAACGUCGAUUCCACCUUCUACUUCAAGUUCGACUUCAACUUCAUCUACAACUUCAACUUCAACUCAAAGUUCGACUUCGACUCCUACUUCGACUUCUACUUCAACUACAACUUCAACUCCACCUCCAACUAUCUCAAACAAAAUUAAUCCUGAAUAUCCUAGUGAAAAAUGCAAAAAAAUAAGCAUGAGUUUCGUGGAAAAUUUUAAUGAAGGAUGCAUAACUACCUGCAUAAAUAAAACCAAUAAUCUCGAAGAAUAUAUAGUUGCUGAAAAUGGAGAACCUUGCGAUUAUGAUGGAAUCUGCGAUGAAGGAACAUGUAUGUAUGUAUAAUUUUUGUUUUUAUUUUUAGGUACAAAAUACAAAAAGCAGACUUCAGGCUAUAUAUGAA